AUGAAUAUUCAUACGGAUGAUUUUGUAAUGGUCAACUUGUUGCGUGAUAUUAAUCAAAAUACAAGAACAUUUAAUGCAAACAUAACAGCUGCAGCUGUAAAUGAAAUGAGUGAAUCAAGAAAAAUAAUUGAUAAAAUAAAGAAACUAAAUGUUUAUUUUAUCAAAAAUACAAAUGACUCUCAACUAAUGUAUUAUGCAAAUCAAGAAGCAUCCAAAUUACUUCAUGGAGAUUCAAUAAGUUCAAUGAAAACAAAUGAAGAAACUAGUUUAUUGGAUUCAAUAACAGAUGGUGGAAUAUAA